GGCGUACUCGGUUUUGCACUUUGGUAGAAAAUUCUCGCUCAGUGGUCGGCCAUUAUCGUGGAGUGCAAUUUUAUCGAUCUAAUCGCUGUGAAAACUUGUUUAAUCACUUAAAAAAUUAGUGCAAAGUUUAAUCUAAGCAGAGUUUCAAACGAAAGUGUACUUUUUUCAUACCAUCAAAAUCAAUGAUGAGCCGUGGUGGUAGAGGUUAUCCUCGUGGGGGUGGUUCCCGUGGUGGAAGCUCUUACAGAGGUGGUGGUAGUUAUCGUGGAUCUGACUACAGCAGUAGCUACAACGCACGGGAUGGAUCCCGUAACCGGUAUAGCGGCGGUGGUGGCGGUGGUUCGUACACCGACUCGCGCUCAUCACGGUACGACAGCAAUCGAUACUCGCGGCAGGAUAAUCGCCCGGACGGUGGCUAUAAACGAAAUGAGUCGUACAAGCAAGAUUCGCGAGACCGUCGUUCGCCAGACCGUAAACGUCCACGGACGGAAAAUACAACACAGGGAGGUCGGCGUGAUUACAGUACAGGUGGUGGAACCGGAGAUUAUCAUCGUCGUGAUAGCAGUGGUGGCGGCCGGGGAGGCUCAUCCAGUCGAUAUCAUGACAGUGGCAGCUCAUCCUACGACAAACGUGGCAAUGAUCAUCAUUCAUCGACAGCGGGUGGCGGCGGCGGUGCUGGUAGCCGUGAUCGGUUUGACAACCGUAGCAGCAGUCGCGGACGAGGUAUGAGCAGUGCGGACAGAUCCCGGGAACCGAUGGGACCACCAAGAUCAGUUGGUCCACGAAGCAGCAUUGGUCAAAGAUCAGCUCCCAUGAGGACAUCGUUUGGAACUCGUUCUAUGUCAUCGAUUUCGACGUAUCGUCGGGGAGUAACACGUGGUAGGAUUAACAGUAAUUUCAGGAACGAUGGACGUCGGGGUAUAAUAACCAGCCGUUUCAACAACCGUCGUGAUCUACGUGGAGCUCCUCCGCUGCGACGACGUUUCACGACAAUCCGUCACCGGGAUGGUGGUCGUGUCGGAACUGGUAAGAGGAUCGACACAACAACAAGGGUGUCCAGGAAGGCACUUAUUAAGCGCGCUCUCGAAGCCGCUAAGGAUUUGGAUGAUGAUCACACCACGGAAAACGAAGGCGAUGACGACGAGGAAGCAGAUGAUGAUGAUAAGGAUACUACUGGAGCCGAUGGCAGUGACUGCAAAAAGGAGCCGAAGGAAGGCGAGGAAGACGAUGGAGAUAAAACGGAAAAGGAGGAAGAGGAAGAUGAUGAUGCUGACAAAACAACUGAGAAGGAUGAGGAGGAAAAGGAAGGCGAUACAAAAGCUGACGAAUCUAAGGACGGCGAAGACGCUGAUGGCGAAGUUAAGAAAGAAGGUUCUGCUAGCCCGAAGAAAUCUGUCAAGAAAUCUAAAGCAAACGCAGGGGAGAAGUCCGACGAUAAGAGUGCUGAUAAAAAGGACACCAAAAUUACUACCAAGUAUCGGACAUCGUCCUUCAUCAAGCUCACUUGCUGUCAUUGUCACACCAACUGUGUUACGUUCAAAGAUUACCACAUCCAUCUGUCCCGCGGACUGCACCGCGCUGCUAUGCGCCGCGUAUCCGCCAAAACUCGCGAUAAGCUGAUGGAGAUGCGUCAGGCUCAGCGCGUUGCCCAGAAGGAGGCCGACCUGACGGUGGAAGAUGGUAGCGAGCAAAAGUCUUCGUACUGUGUACUUUGUCAGCUGAACUUCCGGCAACCGAAGGCCGUUCAUCAGCAGUCCGACGGUCACAAAGAGAUGAAACGUUUCCUGAUGCCCUACUGCGCUACAUGUAAGGUCGGCUUCAAAAGUCCGAUGGCCUAUGAAGCGCAUCGUGCCUCGCUGGAGCAUCUGAAGUUUAAGGCACGCGUUGAGCGAUACGCUAGCAAGAAAGAAGAAUCUGGCGAGGACGGUGUAGCGGAGCUUCGUUUGGAAAACUUUUUGACUGUCGAUGAAGUUGGAAAUGUAGAUGACCCGACCGAUUGCGGCAAAGAAGGCACGUCAACACCAAAGAAGAGUGGUGUGGCCGAUGCUGGUCGCCCGGGAACUGAUGAUGAUGAUGACAGCGAUGAUGUCGAUGAGGACACCGUAAUUGGAUCUGAGCACGUUACUAAAGUGGAAGUACAGUACUGCGAUUUGUGCAAUAUGUAUCUGCCCCGGCGAGAAGAUCCGGAAAAAGUCCUUCGGCUGCAUUGUAAGACUCGCUCACAUCUACGGGUAUAUAUCCGUAACCGUGAGGAUAAAAAGUUGAGGGAGCGAGCGGAAAGAAUUCAUAAGAAGAAACUUUCCGAUGCCAAAACCAAGAAAGAUGCCAAGAAAGACACUGCUUCGGAAGCGGAUACCAGUGAGACGGCGGAUGUCAAAUCAGAGAAGAAAGCCGACGAAGAAGGCGCCAACAAGGAUACAACAACCGAAGACCAAAUGUGGGAAGUAGUCGAUAAUGAUCUUGGCGAUUUAUUACGCGAAGUCGCUGAACCCGCGGAGGAUGGUGAGGAAGAGGAAGAUGACGAGAAAACCAGCUCGGAAAGAUACGAUAAAUUCAGACACACUGAAAAAAAUGGGUUGGAUAAGACCAUCCACGACGAAGCUGUGGAUGAGGAGGAUGCUUCCAGCGCUGACAAAAAAAUUGUUGUCAAGAAGGCCACCAACGGUGACGCUAACUGCGCUGAUAAAGAAAUCAAAGCUGAAGCUUAAAAAGUGACUAUUUUUAUUGAUAUCAAUUGCAACUUUGAACCGUAUUUCAUUAGUGCGGCGAAGGUAGAGUUGAAUACCUUCACAUAUUUUAACUGUCCAACAACCUUAUUAGACUUUACGAUCAGUGAACUGCUAACCAUAAACACCUAUCAACUUAAAGUAAAAAUAGUGAUCCAGAAUAAAUACCCAGCAAAAUAAAUGCUAGAACGAA